AUGCAGGUAACAGUUAUAAAUAAGUCUUGGCCGCCCAUAUUGCCUGACGUAUAUCAUAGCCUCCUGCGGGCGUUCAUGCAUGUAACGCCCCCCCCCCCGUGUAGGUUGAGGGCAGAAUGCACAGCUUCCGUAAGUCGACUUCAUUUCGAAGGAUAUCGCGUAAGUGUACUGAGUCCAUGCGUGGAUAUACCACAACAAUAUCUCAUCUAUCUGUCUAUCUAUCUAAAACUCCAUCUAUCUACCUCAUUGUUUUGUAUCUAUCUAUCUACCUAUCUGAGUAAUAUCUAUCUAUCUAUCUAUCUAUCUAUAUCUAUCUAUCUAUCUAUCUAUCUUUUGUGGCCUUUCUAUCUAUCUAUCUAUCUAUCUAUCUAUCUAUCUAUCUAUCUAUCUAUCUAUCUAUCUAUCUAUCUGUUGUGGCCUUUUAAUAUCUAUCUAUCUAUCUAUCUAUCUAUCUAUCUAUCUAUCUAUCUGUUUCCAUGCAUUGUGUGGAUAAAAUACCAUAACAAUAUCUAUCUAUCUGUUCAUCUAUCUAAAACUCUGUCUAUCUACCCUCAUUGUUUUUGUAUCUAUCUAUCUACCUAUCUAUCUAUCUAUCUAUCUAUCUAUCUAUUCAUCUAUCAUCUAUCUGUUGUGGCCUUUGAGGAGUGCAUUGUGUGGAUAAAAUACCAUAACAAUAUCUAUCUAUCUGUCUAUCUAUCUAAAACUCUGUCUAUCUACACUCAUUGUUUACCUAUCUAUCUAUCAUCUAUCUAUCUAUCUAUCUAUCUAUCUAUCUAUCUAUCUAUCUGUUUAAUAUCUAUCUAUCUAUCUAUCUAUCUAUCAUCUAUCUAUCUAUCUAUCUAUCUAUCUAUCUAUCUGUUUGUUUGUAUCUAUCUAUCUACCUAUCUGAGUAAUAUCUAUCUAUCUAUCUAUCUAUCUAUCUAUCUAUCUAUCUAUCUGUUUGAGUCCAUGCGUGUGUGGAUAAAAUACCAUAACAAUAUCUAUCUAUCUGUCUAUCUAUCUAAAACUCUGUCUAUCUACCUCAUUGUUUGUAUCUAUCUAUCUACCUAUCUAUCUAUCUAUCUAUCUAUCUAUCUAUCUAUCUAUCUAUCUGUUGUGGCCUUUGAGUCCAUGCGUGUGUGGAUAAAAUACCAUAACAAUAUCUAUCUAUCUGUCUAUCUAUCUAAAACUCUGUCUAUCUACCUCAUUGUUUGUAUCUAUCUAUCUACCUAUCUAUCUAUCUAUCUAUCUAUCUAUCUAUCUAUCUAUCUAUCUGUUGUGGCCUUUGUUUGUAUCUAUCUAUCUACCUAUCUGAGUAAUAUCUAUCUAUCUAUCUAUCUAUCUAUCUAUCUAUCUAUCUAUCUAUCUGUUUCCAUGCGUGUGUGGAUAAAAUACCAUAACAAUAUCUAUCUAUCUAUCUAUCUAUCUAAAACCCUAUCUAUCUACCUCAGUGUUUGUAUCUAUCUAUCUACCUGUAAUAUCUAUCUAUCUAUCUAUCUAUCUAUCUAUCUAUCUAUCUAUCUAUCUAUCUAUCUAUUUUCUGAGGUGAGUCCAUGCAUUGUGUGGAUAAAAUACCAUAACAAUAUCUAUCUAUCUGUCUAUCUAUCUAAAACUCUGUCUAUCUACCUCAUUGUUUGUAUCUAUCUAUCUACCUAUCUGAGUAAUAUCUAUCUAUCUAUCUAUCUAUCUAUCUAUCUAUCUAUCUAUCUAUCUAUCUGUUCUAGUGAGUCCAUGCGUGUGUGGAUAAAAUACCAUAACAAUAUCUAUCUAUCUAUCUAUCUAUCUAAACUCUGUCUAUCUACCUCAUUGUUUUGUAUCUAUCUAUCUAUCUAUCUAUCUAUCUAUCUGUUUGAGUCCAUGCGUGUGUGGAUAAAAUACCAUAACAAUAUCUAUCUAUCUAUCUAUCUAUCUAUCUAUCUAUCUAUCUAUCUAAAACCCUAUAUCUAUCUAUCUAUCUAUCUAUCUAUCUAUCUAUCUAUCUAUCUAUCUAUUGGCCUAUCUAAAAAGACACUACUGAGUGAGUCCAUGCGUGUGGAUAAAUACCAUAACAAUAUCUAUCUAAUCUAUCUAUCUAUCUAUCUAAACCCUGUCCUAUCUACCUCAGUGUUUGUAUCUAUCCUAUCUACCUAUCUGAGUAAUAUCUAUCUAUCUAUCUAUCUAUCUAUCUAUCUAUCUAUCUAUCUAUCUAUCAACAAAAUAAAGACACAAAGAGGAAUUGGAGUUAAACACGUAUAUCAACAGAAACAGUAA